AUGGGCCAUGGCACCUGCUGCUUUCAUGCGCUCCUGUUACCACUUGCGGCAGCAGUGGUGCACAUACCCCUAGCUGCACAAAAGGGCCCCCACCGUGGGACCCAUAUCGCAGAAGUGGUGAGCCAAGUUGCAGCAGGCACCUCAAAUGCUACCAUUUUGGUGGCAAGUUCGUGGAAUGCCGAGACUGCUGCCUCAGACAUGACGAUCCGCCUCCACAACCUCCAGACCUUCUACACUGCGUCGAUGGAGGUGGGCACACCGCCAGUCCCUGUGAAGAUGAUGGUGGACUCAGGAUCCAGCAACAUGUGGGUAAAGCAGCGGUCUGAGUUCGGGAUCAUGGAGCUGGACUCCGUCGACUCAUUCGAGCUUGGUCCCAGGCCGCCGGCAGUGCACUUCCAGUAUGGCGUGGGAGACGUGGCUGGCAAGGCAGCCUCUGGGCAAGUAUGCCUCGGAAAGCUUUGUGUGCAGCACCAGGACUUCCUCCUGGCACAGGUCAUCAACAACAUCGGCAAUCUUCAGGAAUUCGACGGUUUCCUCGGCCUGGCUUUCCCACAGAUGUUGGACGUAGGUCGAAUCACCUUCCUCCAACAACUGCAGAGACAAGGCGGCUUUCGCAACCUGGGAUUCGCACUCUGCCUACGGGGGGAAAGGGGCGACAGCACCUUGUCUUUGGGGGAGGUGGAGGACCUUGUCCAGGAGGCGCGAGACAAGACUGGCAUGCCCGGAUUGUCUUUGCAGGUUCACGGCUUGGAAAGGGAAAGCGAGUUGCGUGCCGGGCUCCCCGGGACCCUGCUGUUCUGGAUGGUGCCCAUGAACCUUCGCGUCAAGCGCCACGAGCUCCUGAUGGACCUUGCGGGCUUUGGCAUCCUCGACUCGGGGACUUCGCUGAUGCUUCUUUCUCAGAAGCCUUUUGACGAGACCAUGGAAGCUCUCACCUACGGCACCUUUGUGGAUCCCCAUCGCCUCCUGGAUUGCGAGACCACCAACCUGAACGACCUUAUCGUCCAUUUCGCCUCCGGGGGGCGGGAGCUGGAGGUCCGCUUGGAGAGCAAAGACCUCCUGCUGCCCGUUACCAUGUCACCCGAAGGGCGAUCCAUGUGUCGGAUCGGCAUCGGUCUCAUCGCCGCCUCCCCGCCGCCUCUUCCCUCCAUGAUCCUGGGAGACGUCUUUCUGCGGAAGGUCCACGUCAUCCAUGACAUGGCUGGUCCGACUGUGACCCUCGUUCCCGAUGCGACAGGGCGCGCAGAACCGUCUCAAUAUUACGAGGGCCGUGCGGCCCUAAAAUUUGAUCUAUCUCUUGCUUCCUGGCUUCCAGCUCUGCUUCUGAGCAGCAUGGGUGGAUACCUGGCCUUCUUCCUCUGCCGGGCGUCCGGGCCAUAUCUUCCGCUGCAGGAGACCACCGACGACUACAUAAAGCUGUAG